AUGCGUGAGCUCGUGCACGUGCAGGGUGGCCAAUGCGGAAAUCAGAUUGGUGCGAAGUUCUGGGAAGUCAUCGCCGAUGAGCACGGCAUCGACCCAACAGGUACCUACCACGGAGACUCAGAUCUUCAGUUGGAGCGGAUCAAUGUCUAUUUCAACGAAGCCACGGGCGGACGCUACGUACCCCGAGCUGUUCUGAUGGACCUUGAACCAGGAACCAUGGACAGCGUUCGUGCCGGACCAUUCGGCCAGUUGUUCCGGCCGGACAACUUCGUGUUCGGUCAAACAGGUGCAGGCAAUAACUGGGCUAAGGGCCAUUACACCGAGGGUGCUGAGCUCAUCGACUCUGUCUUGGAUGUGGUGCGCAAAGAGGCUGAAGGCUGCGAUUGCCUCCAGGGCUUCCAGCUCUGCCACUCUCUGGGAGGUGGCACAGGAGCUGGCAUGGGCACGCUCUUGAUCUCCAAGGUGCGUGAGGA